AAAAUUUACUCGCCGGAAAACCCAAAAGAACGGAAAAGAAAAAAAAAGUCAGGCAGUCGUCGCCGUGCUCGCCGCGGCGGGGUCCAUCGGUGUCGCCGGCGCCACCACCACAACCCAGACGAGGGGAGACGGCAUCCAGGAUCCAGCAAUAAUAGCGCGUCGCGGUGGUCGUCGUCCUCACCUAAUCCCCCCCCCCCCUCCCCAUCCAUCUAUUCUCAGCCAAAAGCUCCCCUCUUCUCUCUCUCCCUCUCCCUCUCGCUUUCGUUUCCCUUUUUACCCCCGCAAUCCGCGGCGCGCCACCGCCACAACAAAGCCCCCGCUCGCCGGAGCAGGAGCCGCCCCCCCCCCCCGGUGCCCACCCGCCGUGCCCCCCAAUUCCUCCCCGUUCGUGGCAGGCGGGGGUGCGGGCGCGGGCGCGGGUGCGGCCAUGGACGUGGACAGCGUCGAGUGCCUGUCGCUGCCGGACUCCUCCUCCUCCUCCGGCGCCGGCGCCGGCGGCGGAGGGGGUGGGGGUGGGGGUGGGGGCGUAGGCGCCAUGGAUGCGGCGGACGACGUCGGCCUCGCGCUGCACGCGCACGGCGCGCUCCUGGCGGCCGCGGCGGCCGCGCGGGCGGCGGCGUGCUCCAAGGGAGGGGGAGGGGGAGGCGCGGCGGCCGGGAGCGGCGUGCACGAGCUGCUCGAGUGCCCCGUCUGCACCAACUCCAUGUACCCGCCGAUCCACCAGUGCCAAAAUGGACACACUCUGUGUUCCACCUGCAAAGCUAGGGUGCACAACCGUUGCCCUACAUGCAGACAAGAGCUUGGUGAUAUCAGGUGUUUGGCCCUGGAGAAAGUAGCUGAAUCGCUUGAGCUUCCCUGUAAGUACUGCUCUUUGGGGUGCCCAGAGAUCUUCCCAUACUACAGCAAGAUAAAACAUGAAGCGCAGUGCAUGUUUAGACCAUACAAUUGCCCUUAUGCUGGUUCUGAGUGUGCUGUGGUGGGUGAUAUCCCUUAUCUUGUUGCCCAUUUGAGGGAUGAUCACAAAGUUGAUAUGCAUAGUGGUUGCACAUUCAACCAUAGAUAUGUCAAGUCCAACCCACGAGAAGUCGAAAAUGCCACCUGGAUGCUGACGGUCUUCCACUGUUUCGGGCAAUACUUCUGCCUGCACUUUGAGGCCUUCCAGCUUGGGAUGGCACCAGUCUAUAUGGCCUUUCUCCGUUUCAUGGGUGAUGAAAAUGAGGCAAGGAACUAUAGCUACAGCCUUGAGGUCGGCGCAAACGGCAGGAAAAUGGUAUGGGAGGGCACCCCCCGAAGUGUCCGGGACAGCCACCGGAAGGUGCGGGACAGCCAUGAUGGCCUCAUCAUCCAGAGGAACAUGGCGCUGUUCUUCUCGGGGGGCGACCGAAAGGAGCUGAAGCUGAGGAUCACCGGCCGGAUCUGGAAGGAGCAGCAGACCCCAGACGGUGCCUGCAUACCAAAUCUCUGUAGCUAAGCAAUCACAACAUUCAGAAGAAACAAAGAAACUCAACUCCACUUUGCGGCCGGAUAACAUCUAUCCCGUUGCCAUGUCUUACUGUUUUUUUGUAUGCUCCGAGGCAACGCCUUCAUGUUGUACCUUUGCUAAACAAACAUUAGGAGGGUAGGACGCUCUUGUAAAGUAAAAUGUGUGUAUAUGGCACCCCAUAUCUUACAGGUUGGCUGAUCGAGCGUUCAAGCUCUCUGUUGUCUUCAGUUCGGCUGGAUCUGAAACUGCAUUUUUGCUUCCUGUUAUUAAAUUGUGAAUUCCAUUAGUCCCACAACUGCAAGCAAA